CUUUUUGACCUUAAACACACUAAGACUAAAUCUUAUCGAAGAGGAAGCGUCUCUCUCUUCUCUCACAUCUAUUCUUCAGAGAGAGAAGGUGAUUUCCGGUUUCUUAGAAUUAAAAUCCGGCGACCUCUUACCAUAAGAACUUUACCUCUCUUCACUCUUCCAGAUCUUUCAGAAAGGUAAAGCAUGUCGCCAAAAAGGAUCUAACCAGAUCUGUUUAUAAUCUUAUCUAUAUAUGAUCUAAAUAAAUUUUGAUUUCAUGUCGGAUUCUUCCUACCGGCUAUGUCCGGGUUUUUGUCUUCUCGCUCUCGCGAGAUUGAUCUCCUUUCUUCUAGCCUAUUGAAAACUCUGCUUUUCUUCAAAUUUCAACUGAUUUGCCCAUCCUCUCGUAGAGUAAUAUCUUCAUCAUCUCCUUUGGCUCAUGAAGUUUAGAGCCAAGAUCCGACUACAUCAAGUUCGGUGUCGUCCGUGAUGGAGCUUCCCCGGAGUUGGAGUUGCUCGAAGUUUUUUGAAGCUUAUCAUAAAAUUGAACCGAGUUUCUUCGCGUUUUAGGCUUGAACUGGAGACCGGCAAAUGGGAAGGGACUUACCACCGAUACAGAACUGGACCGCGAUGGCUAUCACAGUUGGCGGUGUUCGGCGUGAUGCAUGCAGGGGUGUCCAAUUACCUGACGCGUGGCUCGGCGGAGUUCCAUCACUCAACACGUGUCAGCAUCUAAAGAUUAGGAUUUUAAUCUCGACCGUUAAAAUUACGCUUGUACUUUAUUUUGGGCGUUUCCCUAUGUAAAAAGUCCAUUGGGCCUUUCUUAAUAAAAUCGUUGGCCGA